AUGUCUACUGCCCAGAGUGGAGUUAUAUCCAUGUUAAAACAUGGAAAUUCCGUUGCCGAUAAAAUUGAUGUUGUGGCACUAAGUGUUUCUUUUAUCAAUGCAAUUAUAAAUCCACUAUUAAUUGUUUAUAUAUUUGAUAUAAAUUUAGGAACUCACUCGCUUAGUAUACUAAUAAUGCUACAAAUGACAUUUGAAUGGUUAACAUCAAUUGCUGGCAUACUUUAUAUAUUUAUUCCAGUUAUUAAAACAAAUGAAUUAUGGUUUAAUAUAUUAAUUUGUCAUAUGUGGAGUAGUACAUUUAUGUAUAAUUUAUUCAUUAUGUUUUGUAAGUAUAAUUCUGUUACAAUGUUAAUUGAACGAUGUUUUCAAAUUAUUUAUCCAAAUAAAAAUAUUUUAGAUUAUUCACGUACUGUAUUCACAUCAUACUGUUUUGCAUUGAUAUAUGUUAUGGCGAUUAAUUUAAGAUUUACUGUUAUGGUACAAAUGAAUGCAUUGGGUGAGUGUACACCGGUUGAUCAAAAUCUAGCUGAUGAUUUACAUCGUAAACAAUUAAUAAUAUUUAGUUAUUUAUGCUUAGCAUUACUAUUAAUUUUACCGGGUGUUAUCAUGGCAACGUGUUAUAUUAUCAUGUUCAUUCAAUUUGUGAAAAGAAAACGUGAAAAUAAAAAUUAUAAAGGAUUUGAUAGAAAUAAUUUACAACAUAUUUUAACACUUCUAGUUAUUAUUUGGUCAGUUGAAGCAGGUAUCGCUAAUAUAUUAGAUAUGAUUGUAUUUUAUGACUAUCAAAAUUAUGGUUAUACAAAUUUAACACAAACAACUCAUAGUGCAACUGAACUUGUACGUAUCUUCUAUUAUGUUACGCGUACAAUCAGUUUAUUUAUUUUUAUAAAACCGAUUCGUAUACGAUUGAUUGAAGAUAUUUAUUCAGUUAUAAAUUUCUCUUCAAGAUUAUUCAAAUGUAAAAGAAAAGAAAUACGAAUGAAAUCAAAAUCUUUAGAAGCAAAUUACUAA